UACGUGGGCACGCGAGCAGCGCGGGGGCGCUUGGGCCGAGGCGGGCGGCGCGCUCACUAGCUGGCGGGACGGCGGGCGGGACUGAAAUGGUGCCUCCUCCUCUUCCUUCGGCCCAUCUGCUUCUCCUGGCAGCCCUAGCGGGGUUCCUGGGUCCCAGAGAGGUGGUAGUGACUGAGCCGGUGGAGGAGGCAGGAGCCCGUUGUCCUGAAGGUCUGUGGCCUCUGCCCCCACAGGUGUUACCAAGAGUGACCUACACACAGGUGAGACCAGGACAGGCUGAGGGCGUCGCUUUUCUCUACCACCCCUGUGCCCACCCCUGGCUAAAGCUCCAGCUUGUCCUUCUGGCUCACAUUUGUGUGUCUAACCCCACAGUCAUCCCUGAUUCCAAUCUCAUUAGGGACCGGCCCCUGGUGCUGACAGCAUGGGGGAUGGCACUGGAGAUGGCAUGGGUAGAGCCAGCCUGGGCUGCCCACUGGCUGAAGAGGAGGCGGUGGAGGAAACAAAGGAAGAAAGUAUGGUUUCAUUCUGACAGUCUUUCUGGGCCCUCUUUCUUUGUGUCAACCCCCAGCAGAGGGAGGUUGUGCCAGAGAGGGUGUGUGCAGGCCCCAGCGUUGGCCUUUGCUCUGCGGAGCUGGAGGCCUCCUGGUGCAGAGGUGGCAUCUAGAGGUUCCAGGAGAUCUUCCAGUGGUGCCAAGAAACGAGGCCUGCGUGCUGUCCUUGAAGUCCAGCCGCCUACUUCCUCAGGCCUGAGGGGUCCUUCUGCUUCCUCUUGGAGUUUAAAGGCCCAACAGCCUGUUUUGGGAACCCUGGGUGAGGAGGAUAAUGCCUCAUCUAUGCCCUCUGUUCCCUUGCUGCCUGGAGGACUUGGAGGAAAUGCCAGCUCCAGGACAGGGGCUCAGAUACCCAAGGGGCAAGGCAGCUCACAGGGCUGUGCCUGCCCAAGUCAGGCUUCCAUGGCCCCUCGGGCAGCAGCACCACCCCGGGUAGCCCGGGGCCCCACCCCACGCACGGAGGAGGCUGCUUGGGCCGCCAUGGCCCUGACCUUCCUGCUAGUGCUGCUCACCCUGGCCACGCUCUGCACGCGGCUACACCGAAACUUCCGCCGGAGCGACAGUAUCUACUGGGGGCCCACAGCAGACAGCCAGGACACGGUGGCCGCUGUGCUGAAGCGGAGGCUGCUGAUGGCCCCGCGCCGGGUCAAGCGCUCUCGUCGAAGACCCCUGCUUCCGCCGGCGCCAGACAGCGGUCCGGACGGGGAGAGCUCCGACUGACCGGCCCGGCCCGGCCCCGCGCCCCAGCUCCUCCUCCCUCUGAGCGGCCGCCACCUCUGCCACGUGGGCCGCACUCACGGGAGCCCCCUGGCGGCAGGCGAAGGGACUUUGCCUGCACGUUGCCAAGGCUUCCCGGGGCCGGGGGAUGGGGGUAGGUUAGGAGAGGGGCCCUUUCAGCCUCCCUUGCCCCAAUUCCCUAAUUAAAUUAUUUUAGUAGAGCUAGGAGUUGAGCCUGUGCAUCCGACAGUCCCGU